AUGAAACCUCAUCUCAGAACAUCUAUAAUGAUCUUCCUUUUGCUCUUUGUUGAGUUGUAUCCAGCUACAGUCCACAGCUUGAGGAUAAUAAAACGAACUGAGAUGAAGGGGAGAGAGCUUAUGAAAGUUGAUAUGGAUGAUUACAAAGAAUAUGACUCUAAUCAUAAGAAUGAUCAAGGGAAAGGAAAGCCACAUGGGUUAACUUAA